GUCAGUCUCAAACCGGUUUAGCUGUGACAGUGACCAGUGACUUGUGUUUAGUGUUUUGUUUCCAUGGAUUGUACUGUUUUGGAAAUGGAAGACAAGCCUUACAGUGUUGAUAGUUCCGACGAUAUCAAUAUCGAGGAAGAAGAGGACGAACAUAUUGAAGAAAGUCAUAGUUACCCACCAGACUUCCCAAUCGAAGCAUUAGUGAAGUUAGAACGUCCAUCACCUCCGUUACCUACACCACCACACACACCAACCGACGAAACACCCCCUGCCGUUGUCGUAUCCCGACACCAACCCGCCUGGUCCCAACAGUAUCCUCAAAACAGACCGAUGCAGACCCCAUAUCCUUACGACAAACAAGCUCCCAAUUAUUCAUACCCCGGCGUGCCCUUCGUUCAACCGCAAGUCGCGUCUCUACCACCGUCGGCACCUUACCACGCUAUGUUAGUCAACCAGUGGAUUAGAAACGCUGCGUUAUACCACCACUCAUUGAGAUAUCCUUCAAUGGCGCAAAGAAUGCCAGGCAGGAAUCCGCCACCGCUACGAGCGCCAGGCGUUCCUGGAGCAAGACCGAAGAAGCAAUUCAUUUGCAAAUAUUGUAAUCGCCAGUUCACAAAGUCCUACAAUUUGCUCAUCCAUGAAAGAACACACACCGACGAAAGGCCGUACUCGUGUGAUAUAUGCGGCAAGGCCUUCAGAAGACAAGACCAUCUCAGAGAUCACAGGUAUAUUCAUUCAAAGGAGAAGCCGUUUAAGUGCACGGAGUGCGGGAAAGGUUUCUGCCAAUCGCGAACAUUGGCGGUACAUAAAAUCUUACACAUGGAAGAAUCUCCCCAUAAAUGUCCCGUUUGUAACAAGAGUUUUAAUCAAAGAUCGAACUUGAAGACUCACUUGCUAACGCACAGCGAGGCGAACAAGCAUCAUUUGGAACAUUUGGAAGGCUGUCAGGAGGUUUCAUCAACAAGCCAAGUUUCGGAUAGCCCUCUGCUUGACCUCUCGCGCAAGCCGUCUCCUCCACCUCAGAAUUACCAGCACAAACUUCCGGUAUCGCCUGUCGAGGUGCCGAAGAGACCGUUAGGAUUUUCAAUAGAAGAUAUAAUGAAACGAUAGACACUAUUAGAUUAUUCUAGAUUUAGUUGAAUCUAAGGUUUUGAAAGCAGGAAAUAUUGAGUGCGUUCCGAUAUCCGGUAUUAAGCUCGUUACUAAAUAACUAAUACAUUGUUUCCAACGUUUUUGAUUUAACGUAUAGUAUUAGGCUUAGGCCGCUAAGUAACUAACUAUUUUUUAAUAAUUUAACCAAAGAUAU